AUGCAAGCCAUUCGCGUUCAUCCUGCACCCACUGGAACCACCCCCUACUCUCCCUCCAAUCCCGCUCCCUCCAGCGCCCUACAUCUAGACUCCGGCAUCCCCAUCCCAAAGGUUUCUCAGCCAGGGGAGGUUCUCGUGCGCGUUAAAGCCGCAAGCAUCGUGCGCGACAUGUUAACCUGGCCGGAGACCUUCACCCACGAAUACGCCAUUCUCGGCAACGAUGUCGCGGGGAUCGUCACGCAGGUCUUCUCGUCCGACAGCAAGUUCAAACCAGGCGACGAGAUCUUCGGCAUGGCGGAUACAGACCGCGGCGCUACCUGGGCUGAAUACGCCAUCGUGAAAGAGGACGAGAUCACUCUGAAACCAACCAGCUUGACGUUCGCCCAGGCUGCAGCGGUGCCGCUCAGCGCCCAGACUGCUUACGAAGCUUUAUUUGACCACGCUGGGCUUUCGCGCCCCGCUGUAAACGACGUCAAGGCCCGGUUGGGAGACCGCAGGCAGGGGCAGGAGCAAGAGCAACAGCGCGUGCUGAUCACCGGCGCGGCGGGUGCAGUGGGCGUGUAUCUCGUUCAGCUUGCGGCGGCAGUGGCUGGCGUGAGGGUCGUGGCCGCUACGAGUUCGAAUUCUCGAAAUGCAGAGUUCCUUCGGGGGCUGGGGGCCGAUGAGACGGUUGAGUAUGAUAUGCUGGAGCGGUACCAAGGCGCCUUUGAUAUUAUCAUCGAUGUGGUUGGCGGAGAGCAGUUGGAGAAGUGCUGGACCUAUGUGAAGGAAACUGGGGUGCUGGUUUGUGUGGAUUCAGCGAGCUUCGACUUUGUGAACGAGCAUGAGAAGCGUGGUCUAUCCAAAGCCGGGGUGCGUGCUUUGUUUUUCGUCGUGAAGGGCAGCACUGAAGGAUUGGGGUAUCUCGCAGAGCUGGUGGAUAUCGGAGCUAUUCGGUCCUUUGUGGUGGAUACCUACCCUCUUUCAAAAGCACGGGAGGCGUAUGACCUUGCGAAUGGACGCUAUGUCGGACGUGGAAAGUUCAUUCUUUCGGUUUGA